ACCGAGGCGCACCAACACUUCCGGCUUCCGCGCGGCCGCCAGAGCCAGAUAGUGCAACAUGCCUAAAAAAAAGACUGGUGCUCGUAAGAAGGCUGAGAACCGCCGGGAACGCGAGAAGCAGAUAAGGGCUUCACGAGCCAACAUCGACCUGGCCAAACAUCCUUGUAAUGCUUCAAUGGAAUGUGAUAAGUGCCAAAGACGACAGAAGAACAGAGCUUUUUGUUACUUCUGUAAUUCAGUUCAGAAACUGCCCAUUUGUGCACAAUGUGGGAAAACCAAAUGCAUGAUGAAGUCUUCAGACUGUGUUAUAAAACAUGCUGGUGUGUACAGUACUGGACUAGCUAUGGUGGUAUGUAUACAAAAUUACAGCCUUUUUUGUGCUAUGAGGAUAUUCUGUAUAAAUCUUUCUGGAAAAAUGAUAAAACACACUUACGGAAUGAUAAGCUUGUACCAUGCCAAGAUGGAUUUUUCCCUCAUUUUUUAUAACAAACUGAUUUUUCCCUUAUACUGAACCCCCAAAUUUUUC